AUGGCGUCAUCACCGCCGGCAGCUCAUUCGCCGAAUCGCAACCGUUCAUUUGGUACGGAAACAGAAAUGAGUGGUGAUAACGAUCUAACGGACGCGAAGCCGCUGCUUUCUCGGGAUUCGAGUAGUGGCGGUAGUUCUAAACAAAUGCCGCGGCGACGAGUUUCUGGAAAGCCGGCUAGGCCGGAGAGGCAGCAGUCGUUUAGUCGAGAUAUCGGUCACGCAGCCGCCGAGACUUUCUUGCUCACUCGGCUUACCAUCACUCUGCUCCGAUUUCUCGGGGUAGGCUAUCGGUGGAUCACGAGAUUAGCUGCUCUUGGUUUUUAUGCUGCUCUACUUAUGCCUGGCUUUCUUCAAGUUGCAUAUUAUUAUUUCUUCUCAAGCCAGGUUCGAAGAAGUAUUGUUUAUGGUGAUCAACCCAGAAAUAGGUUGGAUCUGUAUUUACCAAAAAAUUUAGAUGGACCAAAGCCAGUUGUGGCAUUUGUCACAGGUGGUGCCUGGAUUAUUGGGUAUAAAGCAUGGGGAUGUCUUCUUGGGCAACAGUUGGCAGAAAGAGACAUCAUAGUGGCAUGUAUUGAUUACAGAAAUUUUCCCCAGGGAACUAUUGGUGAUAUGGUAACAGAUGCUUCUCAGGGGAUCUCAUUUAUUUGCAACAACAUUGCUGAAUAUGGAGGUGAUCCGAACAGGAUCUAUCUAAUGGGGCAAUCAGCUGGUGCCCACAUUUCUGCUUGUACCCUCUUGGAGCAAGCAAUCAGAGAAGCUAAGGGAGAGGAGGGUAUCUCCUGGAGUGUCUCUCAGAUAAAAGUGUAUUUUGGUUUAUCUGGAGGGUACAAUUUAUGCAAAUUAGUUGAUCAUUUCAACAACAGAGGCCUGUAUCGUGCACUUUUUCUAAGCAUAAUGGAAGGUGAAGAAUCCCUACAACUUUUUUCUCCUGAAGUUAGGAUACAGGACCUAAGCAUUGGAAAUGCUGUUUCUCUUCUGCCACCUAUUAUUCUCUUUCAUGGAACAGCAGAUUAUUCAAUACCAUCAUCUGCCAGUAAAGAUUUUGCAGCUGCUCUUCAAAGGUUAGGAGCACAAGCUGAGCUAAUUUUGUUUGAUGGAAAAACCCAUACAGAUUUGUUUCUUCAAGAUCCUCUAAGAGGUGGUAAAGAUGACAUGCUCGACCAUAUGGUUGCUGUGAUACAUGCUGGUGAUGAGGAAGCUCUUGCCAAGGAUGCUAUGGCACCUCCAAGAAGGCGGCUAGUUCCUGAGCUUUUGUUAAGGAUGGCCAGUCAUAUCAGCCCUUUCUAA